AAAUGGAAAAAAAAAAUCUUUUGAGGUCGUUUCAUUUCAUGAAUAUAUUUCUGCAUGGAAGGCCGUUAUCCCACCUUCCCCGUAUGAGGGCCACUCGUUUGUGAAGAGAGCGUCGUUUGUCUCAAGGAGGAGAAAAUGCCAACACUUAAUCUGUUCACGAACAUUCCGGUGGAUGCCGUGACAGCCUCCGACAUCCUCAAAGACGCCACGAAGGCCGUGGCUAAGAUUAUCGGCAAACCCGAAUCUUAUGUGAUGAUCUUGCUCAAUAACGGAGUGCCCAUUUCAUUUGCUGGUACUGAGGAACCAGCUGCGUACGGGGAGUUAAUAUCUAUAGGUGGACUUGGACCGAGCGUGAAUGGAAAGCUGAGUUCCACCAUUUCUGAGAUUCUUCAAACAAAGCUCUCUAUAGAUAGCUCCCGUUUCUAUAUCAAAUUCUAUGAUUCUCCGACGGAACAAGUUCAAUGCUUGAUAUUUCUUCUGUUCUAUCCAGCGUCCGUUCUUCGGGUUCAACGGGUCAACGUUCUGAAACACGUCUUCGACUACAGAAAAUAAUUGCGGGUCAAAUCAGACGAUAGGAAUGCAUCUUGAUGGAUUGGAAAAUGGUCACUUUUGCCGGUCUUUGGCAUCUCUCAUGAACAUAAAAUUGUAUUACUCAUGUCGUGGUUCCGACAUGUUGUCCGUGUCUUCAUCGGAGGCUGUGUAUUGUGUGGACUCCUUGAUUUGCAUGUAAAGAGUGUACUUCACUUCCAACACCUUUGCUCCUCUGUUUCGUAAGAGUGCUGUUUGUGCACAAUCGCAGACGCUAACCGAAAACUCUAAUAAAUGCCAAAUAUGGCGUUUGCGUUUUCCUUCUA